UGUUAUUGAUGAGAUAUUCGUCUGAUGUGAAAGACGUUGCGAGUGCUGUUUCGACCAUCCCUAUACACUCAAGAGAGAAUGUACUGCCUACAAUGGCUGAUCCCGGUGCUGCUGAUACCGAAACCUGUCAAUCCGGCGUUGUUGCAAACCCAUGUCAUGUUUAUGGCGCUCUACUUGAUAGGGUUCUUCCUGGAACGUAAGCCCUGCACUAUUUGCAGUCUUGUGUUCCUCGCCGCUGUCUUCCUCAUUUGUUACAGCGGUAUAGGCAAUUGCCUGCUAUGGAGCACAAAUUGUGACACAGUAAGAUGCGACAAUGGUUAAGGUCGCACUUUAUUUAUUACAGAGAAUUAUUGCCACUCCUUUUUGUUGAUUUUCAUUGUUUCGAAUUUCUUCCUGUAGCAGAAUAUUUCAAAGUAACUCUUUAAGCCAUUAGCACAUGUUUUAUCUGCAGUGUGAUGAUAGGUAGAUAGCAUUUAAGUUUUCUAGAUAUACAACAGAUUAUCAAAAUUUCGAUUUACAUAUGAUAAUAUACUAUCAUUGUUGGACAUUUGAGCAUACUGAAUGCAUAUAUAUAUGCUUUAAAUUAUGGGAUUCUAAAUAACAAGAGUGUAACAAGAUACAAUUUGAUGAAAUUCGUACACAUUCUAGAGCUGUCAUAAUAAUUAACAAAAGCAAAGUAAAUUUCAAGAUUCUAGUGUAAAAUACUUUUACUUGUCAACAUAUACAAAAAAUAGAAAUUUUAUGUUUAUUGCUAAUAUAUUAAUCAAUAAUGAAAAAGGAGAUUAUACAGCCAAUAAUAUAUUCUUUUCAUACUUAUCUCUAGCUUUUAAAUGCAAUUCUGAUUUGUUUUUUUUUUGUUUGUAUAACAAUAAUGAUAUAAUAUAAGAUUAUUUUGUUCAGAGAGAUUAUAAGAAUUCUAGAUUCUUUAUUAUAUAUACUUUAACAGAUACGCCAAUAUUACAUAAAAUUGCAAUUUUCUUUGUGAAAGUCAUUUGCUUUGAGUAAUAUGUAAAAUGAUAUAACAUUUACACUAUAUCAUAAAUGUGUAUAAUCUUGUUAAAUAUUUCAAUUGAAGAUAAUGUGCUUGUAUCAAAGCAACACAGAUAUAAUGUACAAAAAUUAUUAAAAUUGAAGAUAAUGUCUUUUAAUUAGUUUCAAAAGGAUCUUGUAGACAAAUUAUUUAUACACACAAAAAUAGAGAAAAGAUAUUAAUUGCGCAAUUUAUAUUAAUCAAUGUUGGAACAUAACAAAAAUGAUAAGACCUUCAUUGAAUGAUGGCUAAUUUAGGAGCAUUAGUUUCUCAAAUAACUUAUCAAAUUUAAUUUAGUUGCAGUAGACUAAAAACUAGCAUUGAACGCUUUAUAUUGCCAGGAAUACAAGAUAUUAUUUAGCAAAAGAAAAGCUUGCAAGAUUAUUUAAAUAUUUCAAAAAGAGAUCUAAGUGAUAUUAACUCUGUGCUAUAAUUUAUUAUUCUACAAUAACUUACUUGAUACUAUCUAUGAAUAUUAGUAUAUCUAAUUCAGUAUAAGUAUAAUAAGUAAUUCAGUAUAGUAGUUACCAAUGUAAAUACUGAUAGUGUCAUGGGUAACAAAAAAAAAAAAAAAAAAAAAAAUUGUCGAUAUAAUAACUUAACGAAUACAAAUGAAAAUUUAAUUAAAAAUCAGUAAAUCUUUUAUAUCUAUCUUUGUAUGCUUAUAUAUUAUAUAUUAUGAUGUGAAGAUCAAUUAUCUUCUUAUGUCUAUCCUGUAAACUUACAUUGACAAGUAAUACUUUGACAUAAAGGAAAGAACUUUGUCCUUCACAGAGGAUUACAAAAACUGUUUUAGGAAUAUUUAUUUAAAUCUUAAUAUAAGUUAUAAUUAUGUGUGUGUGACAAGAAUAUGUUAAAUUAUAUAAAAAUUAUCUAUGUUUUUUUGCUGUAUAAGCACAAAUGUAGAAAAAUCUGUGAUGAUUUUAAUUGAAAAUCAUGAUUUACUAUAUAAAAAAA